AUGGCAAAGGGAAUGUUCGUCCCUGCAGAACUCAUGAUCCUUAUUGCUAUUGUGCUACUCUAUCAAACUUGCAGGGCGAAGGAUAGUCAUGACUGUGCACCGUCUUCCUUCGGCGAUAUCCACAACAUAAGUUCUCCAUUUCAAUUGAAAGGCGAUCCAACAAACUGUGGCUACCCAAGCUAUAACUUGUCAUGCGAGAACAACCAAACAGUUUUAUACUUAUUUGCUGGAAAAUACUACGUGCGAGAAAUCAAUUAUGGAGACCACACAAUCCGAGUUGCAGACCCGGCCGGUAUUGAAAAGGACAGCCACUCCUUCACCCCUCGUUAUUUUCUAAACCACUAUAAUUUUAGUUCUGAGGAUCCAUACGACAUACCUGAUGCAACAGAGGAGGGCGUGGUUUUUCUGAAAUGUGAAAAUCCAAUGAAUGCUCCAUAUUAUUGGGAUAUUUCUUCUUGCUUCAAUGAUGAAGCGUAUUCUUCCAACUCUACUUUGUCCUAUUUCAAGGGUUAUAGAUAUGUUGGAGCAGGCUCUGAUGCGAAGACAACGGAUCUGGGGAACUUACGCCGAGUAGAGCAAAUAUCUCUGACAUCCUGGCCAAGUGAAUAUAAUGACUCAUGA